CACACGUUAGAAAGACCGAUAUUAAAAUAAGAGUAUAUUCUUUAGAUUAUUACUAGCACUAUUUUAUACACACUCUCUGUGCUCUCUUGUUUAUAACUCCAAAUCAAAUCUCAAAUCUAAGCUCCCGAGGAAGAAGAGAAAAUGGGUUUGCAGGAAGACUUUGAGCAGUAUGCUGAGAAAGCUAAAACUCUUCCAGAGAGCACUACAAAUGAAAACAAGCUUAUAUUGUAUGGAUUGUACAAGCAAAGCACAGUUGGACCUGUGAACACAAGCCGUCCGGGCAUGUUUAACAUGAAGGACAGGGCAAAGUGGGAUGCAUGGAAAGCCGUUGAAGGAAAGUCCAAGGAGGAGGCAAUGGGUGAUUACAUCACCAAGGUGAAGCAAUUGUUGGAAGCUGCCGCUUAAUCGUAAUUAUGUGCUUGAUGGAUUAUGACGACUUGUUUUCUGGAUUAUAACAAGUCAGUCAGAUGUUAUUCCCUGUAUUUUAUGCUAUCAGACUCCUUUGGUUCAGGAUUUUAAGUUUAUAUAUUGAAACUAUCUCCGCAAAUGACUUGAAUUAAUCAAGUACUAUGGUUAUUAUA